CUUUGUUUGUGUGGGAGCGAGUGGCACUUUUCCAAACCGGAGUGCAGUAACGUGAGUGUGGUUUAGUUAAGAUUUCCGAAAGCGAUGGGCUUUUUCUUUGAUAUAUUCGGAAGCGCUACUGAGUAAAUACACACUACUCUCUCCACGCCUCUUUGUUGCCAUGGAAACGUGGAAGGUGGCGUUCCAGAAUGUGGGGCAGAACUACUUCCCUCAGAGCAGAGUGGAAUGUCACUACAGCCUCAAUGAACAACAUAGCUGGGCCAGUAAUGACUGGAUUGGCCUUUUCGAGGUGGGCUGGUGCUCCGUCAGAGACUACCACACCUUCGUUUGGGCCCGUGCCCCGGAGGGAUACACCGAAGGGACGAGCGUCAACUGCUGCGUGCACUUCCAAGCUUCGUACCUACCCAGUCCCAGCGCGAAGGAAUACCAGUUUGUGUAUGUGGACGGGAAAGGGGAGGUCUGCGCACGUAGCCUGCCUUUCACUUUCAGCCUCCCCGAACCAUUGGAGGAUGUGGUGACUCUGGAGGAAGGGUGCGACGGGGAGGGGGAAGAAGAGGAAAUACUGCUGGUCGUGCCCAGGGCUCAACUACUGCAGACCCGUCUGGAGGAAUGUCUCCAGGAGCGCUCGGAGCUGCUGCAGGCCAAGGAGGUGGCAGAGAGGGGCCGGAGGCAAGAGAGAGAACAGAGGGAGAAGGCCCAAAAGGAGUGGGGUAGAGUGAGGGAGGAACUGGAGGGCGAUGUCCAUGAACUGAAGGGGAAACUGCGACAGAGCAGAGAAGACAUGGCGAAAACGGAGGAGAAGCUGAAGGAAUUCCAGUCUGUUCAUGAAGCACUGUUGGCAGAGAGAGGCUCCUUACUGGCUGAAAAAGCUGAGAGGGAGCAGCAAAUCAAAGACCUGGAUGCGGACGUCAGCACUCUGACAAAGCAAGGCCUGGAGAGGGAGAUGGAGCUGGACAGGAUGAAGGAGAAGAUCAAGAAGAUGUCAGCUCAGAGGCGGGAGGAAGAGGUAGAGAGAAAGAGGCUACAGUCCAAGCUGGAGGAUUCGGAGGGGGAGCUGCGCAGCCUGGCAGCUGAGUUCCAGGGCCUAAGGGCUUCUCUGGCCCAGAGAGACACACAAGCACUACAGCUGAGACAUUCUAUCACCACACUGACAUACAGGCUCACCGUUGCACAGAGCAAAGAGGUGGAGCUCGAGGCAUCGCUAAGGGAGGUGAACCAUCUCCAGGAACGCCUCUUUGCCAGCGAGCGUGUGGCCGAGGGACUGCGGACCCAGCUGGCCGAACAGAGCGCCCACCAAGACUGCAGCCAGACGGAGCUGCACCAGGCACGCCUACAGGCUGCCCAGCUCACUCUGCAGUUGUCCGACACCAGCCUGGCCCUAAAGGAGCGCCGAGCUGCCUGGGCCCAAGAGCGGGAGGAGCUGCGUUGCAGCUUGGAGGAGGCUAAAGGAAGAGUGUGGAAGCUCAGUGCAGAGCUGCAGCAGAAGGAAGAGCAGCUACAGGAGGAGAGGAUGGAGAGGGAGAAGCUGGAGGUGGAGCUUGGGAAGGAGAAGGACUGCCACCGUGUGCAGUUCAGUGAAGCGCACAGGGAGCUGCAGGAGUUGAGAUCCAGCCUGCGUGUGGCCGAGAAGGAGAAGGAGCAGCAUUCGCUGGAGAAACAGGAACUGAUGGAGUACGUGAGGCGGUCGGAACAGAGGCUGGAGGCAGAUGCCGAAUGGAGCGAGGAGGCAUUCGGCUUCAGCGGUCGCCCCUCCAGCCCCUUGUCUGCCUCUGAGGAUGAGAAUCCUGAAGCUCUGCAGCCUCAGAGACCGGGUGGCCCCCCGGGCCCCUACAGCCAGUGUAACCCUCCCCAGAAUGAGCUGGCACGGUCGCCCUCACAGGGACUCGCCCGUGAACUUGUGGUUGUCAACCAGCCAGUCUCCAUGUCCUCCUCGCGACAGCAGGGGGCCGACAAGCUCCCUCAUGGCUCGGACCUGCAGGGGGAAGAGCAAGAGGUGUCUCAGUUAGGAGCUUUGAGCUCUGAGGAAGACUCGCCCUUGCUUGUCCCAGACAACAGGACCGCCAUCUUGUGGGAGCUCACAGACGCCCCUAUGUGGUGAUGAGCACAUACAGAAGAGGAGUGCUGAAUGGAGGCAAGCAGAGUUCUGUCUUCCGUUGGUACUCUGCAAAGUGUACAUGACUCAUUCACAGUCUCUUUUACAAUAUGUUUGUCAUUGGAUUUUUCAACUGCAACAGAAGCCAGCAACUCACUAGUGGUAGCAUGAACAGAUCACGACACAUAAUAAAAACAGAUUAUAUAGUAUAAUUGUGUUAUGAAAAAUAUAUCAGGACCCAGCGCCUGUCACUGAAAGUCAGCUAACAGAAUGGGCUUGUUUCUUUUUGCAUGGAUGUGUAUUUUACAAGGUUGAGGUGUAUGUGUGUCUGCAUAGACUUCCUAUUUCACUUUUUAACACGGCCUAACUGGAUCUCCUUAGCUAUGCAUUUAGUACGUUGUCUCCAGGAGCUGCCGAGACGGAAAAUGCGAUUGCGCCAAGCGCCGCUACACCUCCCAGCCCGGUGUGGACGACGUCUCAACCUUGCACACCUGUUUUGACCUGUUUGCACUGCUGAUUUGUAUCCCUUUACAUAUGCGGGUGUUGAACAGAUGUCCUCCCCAUAGAAGAUGUGUUGGUGCAGCUAGUGAGAGUAAACGAGAUGCAGUUUAACUUUUUUUUUUUUUCCUGGCUGCAGUUGUAUGCAGUCUUGUGUAAAGUACUGUAUGGUGAAGGUGGCGGUUGAGGGAGGGGAGAGGUGGGGUACAGAGCUCCUAAAAGCCUGCAUUCAGGGACUUAGAGACUUCUUUUGUGCACUUUUUUUAUUCCGUCUGAACAGACUUGGACAUCCUCUCUUGUACCUUCUAGCAGUUUGCAAUUUUAAAUACAUUUCUGUUAAAUUAUGGGACAGCUCUACUGAAAAACAUAUUGCAUUGACUGGUGUUGGUGUUUUCCGUGGUUUGUUGCGAAGAGUGUAUUCGCUAAAAUGUCCUCUAUGGUUUAUUUUUUUUACAGAACCAUAAUGGUCAGCAAUAUGGACGAUAGGAGAGUCAAAACCCGAGAGUAAUUUUCUGUAAUAAGAAAAUAUGCAGUAAAUGCCAUGAACUGAAACGGCAUUACAUUUCUAUCAGACUCCUACUGAUAAUGUAGAGUUACUAACCCAUAUCCUGUGCAGGAUAGUAGUGUUAGCUGUGAUGGUUUUAAUGAGGCCUGUUCUGUGUGAAAAUAUUCACUUUAUGUAAAAUAGAUCUGUUGUCUAUGUGAUAUAAAGCAGUUCAAUCAGAGAAAGUCACAAACGAGCAAUACUUCGUAAAUUAGUACUUUAAACCUAAGAUUUGUUUGUGUGAUCCUUGCUUAAUUUCUUGGAGUAUUCAAAGUAUUUUUGUCUUCCAUUGUAAUAAGUGAUAUUAGAAUAGAGAAUGUUUGUAUUCACGGAGAUGCCAGCAAUAUACAUAUAGACUGAAUUUAUCUCUAGAAAGGGAAGGUGCAAGGCUAAUGCUUAAGGCUUUUUAUUCUAUGCAUAUUUUAGUCACAUUUAAAGGAUUUUUGCUGUUACUGUUAAGUGGAGCAAUGAUGCUAUAUGGACUCUUGUUUUAUCGUGAUUUUACGAUGCACUAGUUUAGAAAUGAACCUACGAGCACUUCUGAAGUUUGAUUUAGCACGUAACAAUUUUCCUGAAUUAUAACAAUUUUAUAGAGAAUUUUCUACACAAACUUGUCGUCAGUUACAGGGGAGUUUGUACUGCACAUUUGUUGCUCUUCCGGUGAAAUUGUGCCUGGUUACUUUUGAUAUGUUGGUCAAAAUUGUCUUUCCCGAAAUCUAAAAUCUUCUUUAUGUAAAUGGCUGGAAUAACUGAGAGUGUCGCACAGUUAUUUCACUGCCAUACUUACGUUUGUGUAAUUCAGCUUUUUCCCCAAAUUAAGUCCC